GGUCGCACAAACCAAAGAAGUUAAAAAGGGGCCAGGUGAAUGAAACAGACGAUAAAACGCCAAACGUUCAUUUGGAUCUACACGAAGCAAGCUGAAUUCCACUUCAGGUGAACACAUCUCCAUUAAGGAUGUCCACUGCUGCCAUACCAGACAAUAACCCAAGAAAUGGCUUCAUGGUGGUGACCCAACUGAUCCCAACAGGGCAAAAUGCAGUUGGGGCUGGACCAGGGGUCUCUGCCGUUGGAGUCCCUGUUGUCACACCUGUCAAUAACAUCAACACAGUAACAUCUGGUCCAGGCCCACUUCAGAAAUUUCUGAAAUCCCAGCCACAAGCUCUCGGGACUGUCCAAAUAAUGAUUGGAAUCAUAACUUUCCUGUUCGGCAUCGUGUUGUCAGUCGUCGAGCCAAUGAUUUCCGUCUACAGUGGAGUUGUUUACUGGGGCUCUCUGUUCUACAUCAUCACUGGCUCUCUGACUGUUGCAGCAGAGAAGAAUCUUCAUCCCUGUUUGGUGAAAGGCUCUCUGGGAAUGAAUGUGGUCAAUGCUAUAAUUGCAGCAACAUCUUUCAUUCUACUGUUAAUGGAUUUCAUAGUAUAUCGAUACGGCCCUUGCUACGACUACCACUACGGCUCCUAUAAUUGUGAUGAGGUUUACAGGAGAUUUUUGACUAGGACCUUUGGGAUCAGUGGAGUGCUGCUGGUUUUGUCUCUGCUUCAGUUCAUCAUCUCCAUCUUCAUCUCAGCGUUUGGAUGCAAAGCCACCUGCUGCACUGAACCAGUGGUCUCUGUUGUAACUGUGGCUCCGAGCUAUGCAGCAUGCUGUUCAAUGGUCAAUCCAUUCCAAACUCACAGCGGUCAACAGGAUGUGCUUCACAUCAGAAAUCCUGGUGUGAAUGUGAACAACCCCCCUACAGAAAAUCCUCCAGCAUACAGUGUGAGCUUACCAAAACCAGAAGACUGUUAUUGAAAUCAGAAAUAGUCCUGGAGAUGAGCUGCAAGUCCUAACAUGCUGAUUCAGGGUGCUUUAUUUAGGUUAUAAUUUUUUUGAAUAAUAUAAGGUAGGGUCAAAAAGUCUGAGAUCAUUAGUGAAAACAUUUCUAUUUUACAUUCUAUUUUUUUUAACAAAUGAUAUUAUCAGCAUAACAGUUUGAGUGAAAAGUAUCUAUGUUCUAUGUUCAAUUUUGAAUAAAAUAUGGGUUUAU